CACCUCUGUCUCUUCCUGCAGAUGCUGCCGCCCGGGACCAAGGUGCUGCGGUUCAUGCCCAACCUGCCGUGCGUGGUGCAGGCGGGGGCGGUGGUGUUCGCCCGGGGGCGCUGCGCGGGGGAGCGUGAAGCCGCCGUGCUGCAGGGCCUGCUGGCGGCCUGCGGGCUGUGCGAGGAGGUGCCCGAGUCCUACAUCGACAUCCACACCGGGCUCAGCGGCAGCGGGGUGGCCUACGUCUACAUGUUUGCUGAAGCCCUGGCGGAGGGAGCAGUGAAGAUGGGCAUGUCCGGGCCCCUGGCCAGCCGGAUCGCUGCCCAGACCCUGCUGGGAGCAGCCAAGAUGAUGCUGGAGACAGGGGAGCACCCGGCCAAGCUGCGGGCGGAUGUGUGCACACCCGGCGGCACCACCAUCCACGCCCUGCACGAGCUGGAGAAGGGCGGGCUGCGGGCUGCUGUCAUGAACGCCGUGGAGGCUGGCACCAUUCGGGCCCGCGAGCUGGGCAAGAACUAGGGCCUGCAGCGCAGCACCACGGAGGCUGCCCGGAGCAUGCCAGGUCGGGGCAGGUGUCACCCUCCUAGCCCUGCUCCUUCGUGGACGUGACUUUCACUGCCCAGGGAGGCGGCUUUCCACGGGAGGGUUGGGACCUGGGCCUGCUCUGUGCCUGCUGGUUGUGCUCUCAGUGGGCCACGGCUCCAAUAAAUGGUGCAGGCAGCUGCUGCGCUGUUC